AUGACGAGGCUCCAGAUCUGGUCUUUAGAGCUUGGUCAUAACAGAACCAUGACUAAAGUUGCAGUAGUAACUGGCAGUAAUAAGGGCAUUGGUCUGGCCAUUGUUCGUGCUUUGUGCAAGCAAUUUGAGGGCGAUGUCUUCAUUACGGCCAGAAACACGGGCCGAGGAGAAGACGCAGUGAAGACGCUGAACUCUGAAGGACUACAGCCCAAGUUCCAGCAGCUGGACAUCAACGACCUGAGCAGCAUCACGCAGGCAGCAGCCUUCUUCAAAGCCACAUAUGGAGGGGUGGACAUUCUGGUCAACAAUGCAGGCAUUGCAUUUAAAGUGGCAGAUACCACUCCUUUUGAGGUCCAGGCUGAGGUAACUCUUGAGACCAACUUCUUUGCUACCAGAGACAUGCUAACCCACUUCAUGCCACUCAUGAAUCCAGGAGGAAGAGUGGUGAACGUCUCCAGCUUUGUGGGUUCUCGAACAUUGAACAAGUGCAGUACAGACCUGCAGGCCCGAUUCCGCAGUGAGGACAUCACAGAGGAUGAGCUGGUGGGGUUGAUGAAGAGAUUUGUGGAGAAAGUGAAGGCUGGCCAGCACAAGGAGGAUGGAUGGCCUGAGACGGCCUAUGGAGUGUCCAAGACCGGACUGACGACACUAUCCAUGAUUUUGGCACGUCGACUGUCAAAGGAGAGACCACAUGACAACAUCCUGCUGAACGCCUGCUGUCCGGGGUGGGUGCGCACAGACAUGGCAGGUGACAAGGCUCCAAAGUCUCCAGACGAGGGCGCCAUCACUCCAGUCUACCUGGCACUGCUUCCCCCUGGAGCCUCUCAACCCCAUGGGUGCUUUGUGUCUGAUAAGGAGGUCCAACCCUGGUGA